AUGCUUAAACCUAAAAUAAGCAACCCAAAUAGUAUUUGAUUGAUUAAUUUAGACAAGAUUACUGGAUGCAAGGUUGAAAGUCAAAUAAAGCCUAGGAUGACUGUUAAUGAAACCAGAUAAUUUGGACAUACAGAAUGUGAUUAACAAGAUUUUCUCAUGGCUAGCAAAUUGAACCCUAGUUAAAUAGUUACACCUAAUAAAAUUAAGAAAAAGAAAAAGAAAAAAUCUAAGAAAUCGCCAUAAAAAUUAAAAACUGAAGUACAAAAAAGUGGACAUAAAACAAAAAAGUCUAUUUCAUAAGUAUUUCCAUGGGGUGUGAAUCAGCAAAGACUUCGUAAUUACAUUUUGGCUGAAUAAGAGAAAUAUUAUAAUGCUAUUUAACGUCGAAAUACAAGACCAACAGUGGACCUUAAAGAAAGAAGAUAAAAAAUAGGUACAUCAUUUUUGAACUAAUUUGCAGAAAAGAAUCUAAAAUCUAUUUUUAAAAGUAAUAUUAUUUAUUAAGCUAGAGAAAAAGUCUUUUCAUGAAGAUAAUCAAUCUAAAUAAAAAUAAAAAAUACCAACUACUUUGUAAUAAUAGUACAAAUAAUUACUAAAGAAACCUAAAAAUUUGAAUAUUAUACCAAAUCGACUAAAAAUAAGUUCUAUUCAUUAUCCAAGUCCUGCUUAGAAAAUAUAAAGAAGAAAUAGAAGUUUCUCUUAAGGUUAACAUCAUAAACCAAUUUAAAAUAACAGAAUUAGAACAGGUUCACUCCAUGAGAAGACUAGUUCAUUAUUUGAAGCAACGGCUUAGAAAUUAAAAUUCAAAAAAAAUUAGAAAUAGAAAAAGAUAAUUAUAUAAUAUCAAAAUAUUGAAGAUAAUUUUCUUAAUAAUAAUAAUAAUAAUAAUAAUAACAAUAAUAAUAAUAACAAAGCACUUAGUUUUUAAAAAAAUGAAUCGAAACCGCAAUCAUCUCUUUAUAAAUUAAUGAGUAAUUCGAGUAGUAAUAAUAUUCCUAAUGAAAGUGAUGGAGAAUAAAAUAUCUAAGAUUUAGAUGAUAGUUUUUAUAGUUAAAAAAAUAUGCUAGAUACUCAUCCAGAAGAAGGGGAAGAAGUUAAAAUCAAAGAAUUAAAUACAAAUAUAUUUUAAUUGAGAAAAUGUUCAAUUCCUGUAAUUGAGGAUGAUGAAAAUUAUUUUAAAAAAGAAAAUAAUAGAAAGAUUACUUUACCUUAGAAUAUAUUCAAUGUUGAAAAUUAAGCUGCAUUAAUUAUUUAAAAAAUUUGGAAAGGUUAUAAGGUUAGAUAAAUGAUAUUUAAAUCUAAAUUUUAAUAAAAGAAAAACUAUAAAACUAAGGACGGUUUGAAUUUAAAAAGUUUAACAAAAUCUUAAAUUAAUAAAUUAAUAAAAUUUGGAUUUCUCAAAAAAGAUUCAAUAGAUAAUUCGUAAAUAAUAGAUGAAUCUAGUUUUUUAAGUCAUUCAAGACCUAACUCUUAGCUCGAUAAUUAAAAAGAAGCAAAAAAGUUAAUAGAAUAAAAUUAAUACUAAAAAUUUAUAGAAAACUUUUAGGACGACAUAGAUUGUUAACCAAAUAUAUGUAAUUAAUAGAAUUAGAUAUCAAAUAAAUUUAAAGAUAUUUAAUUGCAAAUACUAUCUGAGUAUACUCCUGAAAAAAAAAAGAAAUCAUAUUAAAAUUCAUAAGAUGAACAAAUACAAUCAUUAUCAUUAGGCAAUUAAAAAUCAAGAAAAAUAAGUAAAUUAUCAAUUGAUGUAGAAGAGUAAGAAGAAGAAAAUAAAGUUGACAUUGGAGAAAUUAGAUGUGCUUUUGGUUCAGAAUCAUUAUUAAAAAGUCUGUCAUAAGAAGGAGAAUAAUCAAUUUAAUAAGAUAAAGGAUUAUUCGAAUAGACAUCAUUUUAAGAUUUUGUAAUGAAUAAAUUUAAAGAACUUAUGCAAAGAGAUAAAAUGGAUUAAUUGAUAGCUUUAAGAGAAGAAGCAGUAUAAUAAAGAUAAUAAUAAACUUUAAAAUAAAUUGAUAAAGCAUUUUAAAAUAAUCAAAUAUCACCUAGAACAUUUGAAUUUUAAUAAAAAAAAAUAGAGAAAUGGGUUAAUAAAUAAAAAACAGAUUUAGAAUAAAAAAAGAGAGAGAUAUUAAAGGGAUAAUAAAGUGUUUUUGAAGCUAUAGUAAAAACAUAAAGAGAUUUAUAAUUUGUAAGAUAAAUGUUAUCUUCAUAAAAUUCAUAAACAUUUAUAAAAAUAAUUGAUUCAUUAAGUUAAGAAUCUGCAAACUAUUCUGAAAAUUCCCUAAAAAGCUCAAUAAUAGAUAUAUAAAUAUCAAAUUCUUAGAUGUUAUAAUCUUAAUAAGAAGAUAAGACUAAGAUUUAUGAAGAUAUAAUAACAAUUUAGAGAUAAAGCAACAAUAUAUUAGAGGAAAAGGAAUUAAUUUGUCCUGAGCCUUUUAAUCUAAAAAAGUUAGCCUAAUCUUAAUUUAUAAGAAAUAUUGAAUAGCCAAAAGAACUAUAGAAGAUAUCGGAGAAAUGUGCCGAUUCAUAUUCAAUUUUGAUUUCGAACAUGUUAAUAUAAGAGGAGGUAAAUACUUUCUAUAUAGAAAUGUAAAGAAAUGGGAUUGAUUUGUACGAAAUAUUAAGUAGUUCAUAAUUAAAUCGUAGAAAUUAGAAUUAGAUUGCUUAGCCAAAAGAAAAUAAAAUUUAGGGAUUAAAAACGAAUGUUGCACAAAUAAAAACAUAUCUUAAAUAUUUGGAAGAUUAUUUAAUAGGUAUAAAAAUCAUUAUACAUACUUUUAGAUAAUGUUAUGAUUUAAAUUUAGAGAGUAAUAAAUAUUCCAUUAGGACCAUCAUCUAAAUUGAUGCUUAAGUUUCUUUAACCAAUAAGAGAAUCAGUAGAAUCAGAAUAUGAUUCAAGUGGAACAUAACAUUAAAUUAUACUAAGUGUAGAAUUGUUUGGAAAAUUUGAGAGAUUUCUAAUGGAAUAAAGAUUAAUUAAUCAUCAAAAUAAACUGAUUGUAGAAUUAGAACAUAUACAUAAUAAAGCUAUCUUUGAUUCUUUAAAUGAAGCAUUAGAUCAAUUUAGACCAUAUGGUUUAAAUGGAUAACCAUUUUUAUGGAAAUCUGAUCCAACUAGGUUAAAACCAAGAGAAAAUUAAUUGACAGAUAUACCUGGAAUUAUUAGGAAAGCAGCAGAAAAAGUUAUUGAUUGGAGUCAUUAUAUGGCAGGAAUCUUAGUAGAUAAAGAAGACUCUCCAUUUCCUAAAACUAUGUAAUUAGAUUAAGAAACUAUAGCUUAAAUAAGAGAAGAUAGACUCUAUAGAAUGUUAACUUUAGAUGUAUGAUUUUAAUUUAAAUUACAGGUUAUAGAUAAUGAGGAUAGAUGGACUAAUUAUGAUGAAGAAACUACUGAAAUCUCAAUUGAUUUGUCUGAUCUUUUAUUUGAUUUUCUAAUCGAAGAAGUAGCAUUUGAGAUGUGUUAAAAAUGA